UUUAUUCGUUUUAUUAAAAAAAAUCUGCAAACCAAGAUUUCGAUUAAAAAUACUUGGCAACACUGGGUGUUGAGUUUGACUGUCAUAAAAACUGAAAAGUUCCGAACUGAGAAGUCCGCGUUAUUAUUUUUCAGGUUUUUUAGUGAAAACUAACAAAAAUUUUACAUUAUUCCCUAAUCUAGACCGGUUUCUUGCUCACAAUGAAUGUUCAACGGGCAGACGAUCACGGUUUUUGCGUACACAUUGGAAAUCUUCGAAAAGAGACCUCGGAAGCGGAGUUACGCGCCUUGCUGAUAGAAUGUACCGGAAUUGUCUCUUGUAGCUUUCGGCUAGAGAAUUGCACAUACUGCCCGACUAAAGUAGCCAUCGUUAAAUUUGCUAGUCGGAUGGAGCAGUUAAAUGCGUGUUUGCUAAAUCAGAGAUGGUUAAACGGCAAACAAUUACUAGUUUGUUGUCCGGAAUGGCAAUGGGUAUUCUCGCCAACUUCAAGCGUGAUGGUUAAACACUUAAAUGAGGACAUAUCCGAGGAAGAUCUCUUCGUAAUGUUCAAAGCUAUCGCAGCAGUCGAGAGUGUUCAGAAACCCACCUACAACUAUGCAUAUAUUGCGUUUGUCAAUCCGGCGGCAGUUGCAUUAGCACUAAAAAUUAAAAGACACGUUUUCAAAGGCGCCAAUAUUGAGAUACAUCCCAUUAGAAGAAAUAUUUCCAUGCUUCUCAAUACAUCAUGGAAGUGGCAGUUUCAGAGCAUUGCGGAGAAGUGUAACGCCCUGGGAUUAAAAUACGACCAGGAAGCAGAAACAAGAACUAUAUUGUUUGUUACAAAUAUUCCGCGUCAGGCAUAUGAGGAAGACGUUUUACAGUACCUUAGCAAAUUUGGUAAAAUUGUCGAGUGGAAAAUGGCUGAAUCACCGUUUUCCAUAAUGACGAACAACGGAUAUGUGACCUACGCAAAUGCAGAUAUGGCCCGUAGUGCAUAUUUGCAUGGUUCUCAUUAUUUUCAAGGUGUAGUACUUGAGAUAUACAUUCCGGUUCUUACCUACGGCGAAGUGAUAUCUACCGUGGCGGUUCUGUCCCAGCAAACCAGUGUUUAUCUCACCAACGACGAAAUAUAUAAUGCAAUGAGCUAUUGUGGUCGCGUUACCUACAUUCAUCGUAUGGAUUCGACGAUGUGCACAAUUGUGCGAUUCGAAUCGCAGGCAUGUGCACAAAAAGCACUCAAAAUUACACAGAUUGCAGGGGAGAGCGUAAGCCUGACUUUGUAUGAGAAACAAAACUACAAAGGCGCUGAUCUCGUCGCCCGCCUUGCGACGAGUGAUUUACACCUUGAAAAAGAAGCAAUGCUACGCAUGAUAAAUGAGGCGGAAAGGAGCUGUCGGCUUCUGACAGUUGGAAAUCAUAAAUACCAUAAUCCACAGCCAAAUAGUUACGAAGUUCAAGUUAUGAAUUAUGACAUUAGAGCGGAUUUAAACAAAUUUCGACAAUUCUUCAAACGGUGUGGUUUCGUUACACAAUUUCGCCAAAUUUCAGUGAUGGCACAUGGGAAAGUAGCAUUGCUAAGCUUCGAAACAAAACUAGAAGCCAGACGGGCGUGUAGUAUGAAUCAGAUGAUGAUGGACGGAAAACGAUUGCUCAUUUUCAUGGCUUGUGAAAAAUUGGAUAUUGAUCCUGAUCGGUGCAUUGACAUUACGGGGUUGUCAAUGGAGGUCACGGAUGAAGAGAUAUACGAGCGCUUCCGCAGUCAUGGCGACAUAAGAUUUGUGUACAGAAGGACCCACAGACAAGCACUUGUCUAUUUUGAAGAGCCUCCUUUUCCGGGUGUGGAAACAAUUGGCGGCGGACAAAGUGUACAAAAACCAUUUGCAAAACAUAAAAAUCUGGUUGAUUUUGCAAUCGGAAUCGGCAAAUUUUCGAUACAAGAUAGCGUAUCUUCAACUUCGGUAGGACCAAAUGUUUACGCAUCGAAUAAUCGACCUUUACGUGAUUUAAUAACGAAAGCCAAAGGUAUAGCGGCAAAUGUGGACAGCAUUAGUUCUUCAGCUCAGCGCGGGUCAGAGGCUCCAUCUUAUAAUACUUCAUCCCUUCACUCCAUGCCUACAGACUCCCAAGUUCAGGGUUUAAUAUCUGGGACAAAUGGUACUGUAACAGGGAUGCUUCCGAAAGAGUCGGAAGUAAACCGCUACGAUCCGGUGAUAAGCUUCCGUAUUCAAAAUCCUUUGAAAAAUAUGGUAGCAUCUCAACAACCAACAGUGACACCCGCAAUGCAACGCCUAAUGCAAUUUGUAGAUAAAGGUAUGGCGAAUGUUAAACAAUACACUUCGUUGCCGAAAAAAGAUAAGUAUUUUCUUAUCCAUGGCAUUGUAAACCUGUUGAACAGUGGUAAAGAAUUUGCUAAUAUGCAACCGGAUGAAAAGAUCAACUAUUUAAAUGAUAAACAGAAAGGAUUCGAUUUUGCAACUCCUUUCUGUCAACUUACGCACGGUAGACAAUUACAGCUUUUGUCGCUUAUCGAAACAGAUUUUCUUGAAAAUAUCAUUAACGAUAAUUUAUCUACUGAGAAAACUUUAACUAGUUCGAGGAAAGUACCCAGUAAAAACAGGUGGUCGCAACCUAACGAAACAAAUGAGAAAGCUAAGAGCAGCGGUUCCCUGUCUGUUAUGGAUCACUUUCGGUUGGUCAACGGAAUUAUUAAACAAUUUCAGGAAGUGCCAAGAUUAAUCAACAUGAGUGACGUCGAUAAGAUCAGUUUUCUAGCCGCUGGAUUUAAUGGAUUCGAAUUCGCAAAUAUUUUUGCGAAAUUAUCAAGUGCCGAACAGACAGAUCUGCUACAAAAUAUUAAAAAAGACCUUUGUAAGGAUGGUGGCUCAUCAGACCGACCAUCAUCUUCCAAUGCCAACGUACAGCACACAUCAUCUACCGUAGUCAUGAAACAAAAGCCAACGAAUACCAUCUUGAAUACCCAGUUGCCCUAUUACUCACAGCCGCCACAAUUGCAAUCAAAGUAUACAACAUUGCCUGCUCCAAUACCUCCAACUCCUCCAAUGAGGCCAGUUUUUAACUCUCAAAUGCCUUACUACUCCCAACCAUCAAAUCCAGUAUUCAUGCCCAUGACGCUUGAGCCGCGUCCACUCGUCGUAAUCAGACCACCUGCCUGCUUCAGGGAGACGACUAGUAAUACAUAUCCCAGCAAAACUCAAUUUAACACGAAGUUCGAAAGCAAACGUCCCCGCAAUAUUCUAGAUAUUGUCACCAGCAGAGUUAGUUAUAAUCGAUCUCUAUCCAACUCUCCUUCACCCUCCAGAAGUCGUUCCCGCUCCAGCAGUCGUGCCCGAUACAGAAGCCGCUCCCGUUCCAGAAAUCGUUCUCUCUCUAAAAGUCCUAUACGCUUCAGAAGACGAUCACGCUCGCCACGAAGUAGAUCUCGAUCACGGUCACCCAAACCACGGCGGUACAAUCGCUCUCGAUCCAAAGAGCGUCCGAAUGUACCCCGCGCGAAUACACCUCCCCGGUGGAGUUCAUUUAUGGAGGAUGAGAUUGCCUCAAUUGAACAAGCUGCAGGUGAAUUCUCCAGUGUUAUUCUUGUCUCCAAUCUGCCUCUGAAUGUCGAAGAGGAAAAACUGUCAGAAAUGUUCGGCACUUUCGGGGAAAUCGUAACAAUUCGGAUGGAAUCCGUUACCCAUGGAAAAUUUGACAAACGAAUGCAAGCUUUUAUCGAGUUCGAUACAUACAAUCAGGCCGUCGGAGCACUCGACUUGCACCUGACUCGAUACCGUCGCCAGAUAAUACGUGUAUGCUUUGCUAAUAAACGACCAAAGCCACAGCUGGAAUUAGCUAUUUCGGUUUCGGUCAGAGGAGUCGAACUUGAAGAGACUUCCGUUCUCGAUACUUUCAAAACAUGUGGCGACAUAUCAAAUAUGUGGUCGAAGCGUGCUAGAAGCAUAACAUACUAUUUAGUAAUUUUCAGGCAAUGGAAAUCCAUUGCUCCUGCUUUGAGAAUAAACAGCCUCAUCAACGGAAAGGCGUGUGAAGCAGUAAAACUUACCUGAGUCUUGGUAGAAAUGUUAGUUUUCGAGUAAGUGAAUUCGAGUGAAUGUAUGAAUGCAAAAUGUACAGAAAUAUACGAAUGCGUUUAUCAUACGACAUGGCAAUUAA